CCCUGGCUUUAUCCAUUCACAAGCUUGGAAACUCGAGACGACGCAUCCUCUGAGAGCCGCUGCUUUCCCUCGGUUCCGUGGAGAAGAGGAGAAAGAGAGAUCGCGACGACGAGAUGGAGGAAGGAGGGAAGCACGGCGUGAUGGUGGUGACGCCUCUACAGCAUCCUCAGAACCCUAUUGAGCAUCUGCAGGCCCGCUUCAAGGAGCUCGAGAACGGCUUCAAGGCAUGGGUCUCCCGCCAGCCAAUCCCCAUCGAGGCUGCCGUCGUCGGAGGCACCGCUGCCAUCCAAGGCGCCGCCAUUGGGGGCCUCAUGGGAACCCUCACCUCGGACAUCUCCUCCACCUUCCCCUCCCCUUCUCUUGACGCCCCUGGUCUCAACCCUCAGGCCAUGGCCUCACUCAAGCAAGCUCAGGCUUUUUCUGGAGGUCCCUUAAUACAAGCUCGUAAUUUUGCUGUCAUGACUGGUGUGAACGCAGGUAUAAGUUGUGUCUUGAAAAGAAUAAGAGGUGUGGAAGACUUACAAAGUAGUGUGGUGGCAGCUUUUGGUUCUGGAGCAACGUUUUCACUGGUUAGUGGAAUGGGAGGCCCAAAUCAAGCAGGCAAUGCAAUAGUAUCUGGUCUUUUCUUCGCGCUUGUUCAGGGUGGCAUUUUUAAGUUCAGCCAGAAGUUUUCACAGCCACCAGCAGAUGAUACGUUUUACACCCGAACAAGGAGCAUGCUAUCAAGCCUCGGCCUUCAAAAAUAUGAAAAGAACUUUAAGAAAGGGUUGCUCACCGACAGCACUUUGCCUCUUCUCACGGAUAGUGCACUCAGAGAUGUUAAGAUUCCUCCUGGACCUAGACUGCUCAUUCUUGAUCAUAUUCAGAGGGAUGAUGAGUUUUCGAAGGUAAAGCGCCGAAUGUAGUAACUCUUCCAUGGUUUGUUUCUCCCGCAAAUUUCUUUAAGACUGUUGCUAGGAAACUCUUCUACCUUUACAAGGCAUCAGCAUUUGACUGCAUUUCCUUAAAACAAUGAUUUCCAAGAGAUGGAUAAUAAGCUUUAAUUUUGUUUGUUAGCUUUGGUUAUGUCAAUUUUUGUUUAUAUCUGAAUAUUCUGCUGAAAUUCUAAUAUGUGUGAUCAGAUCA